CCUUAGCAACCGGGAGCGCCGGAAGUUGCGCCCUUUUCCCUUAGCAACCGGGAGCGCCGGAAGCGGGCGACACGCGGAGGGGAAAGAUGGAGGCGGGCACCGGCACCCCCGUGCGCUUCAAGAGCAACUACGCCGUGUCGAGGAGGAUCGAGCCGUUCUAUAAAGGAGGGCGAGUGCAGGUCAGCAGCGAUGGGAAGUUCAUGUUCUGUCCCUGCGGCCCCAAGCUCAACAUCAUCGAUGUGGAGACGGGAGCUCUGCGGAGCCUGCAGCAGGGUGAAGAGGAGGAUAUCACUUCCUUUGUCCUCAGCCCUGACGAUGAGCUCCUGGUGACAGGCAGCAGAGCUCUGCUGCUGAAGCAGUGGGACUGGAGAGGGGACAAGUGUGUCCGUAGCUGGAAAGCCAUCCACGUGGCCCCGGUGGCCACCAUGGCCUUUGACUCAACCUCCACCUUGUUAGCCACAGGUGGCUGUGACAGCACCAUCAAGGUCUGGGAUAUGGUCAAGCACUACUGCACACACAACCUGAAAGGAUCCUCAGGAGUUGUACACCUGGUGGAGUUCCACCCCGAUUCCUCCCACCCCCAGCUCUUCUCCUCCUCCAUGGAUUACAAAAUCAGGAUCUGGGACCUCAGCUCCAGCUCCUGCCUGGCUGCCCUGGGCGGCCAUUUCAGUGCUGUCACCUCCCUGGCCUUUGCUGACAGGAACACCCUGCUGAGUUCUGGCCGGGAUAAAGUCUGCAUGGUGUGGGACCUGAGAAGCAGGGAAAGCAAACGAACCAUCCCUGUCUAUGAGAGUGUGGAAGCUGCUGUCUUGUUACCCCCAAAGGGAGAUUUCUCUCAGCUGGGAGUGAAGAAGAAAGGGUUGCACAUCAUCACAGCUGGCAGCAAAGGCAUCCUGAAAGUUUGGGAAGCAGCCACAGCUGCUUGUGUGUACAGCCAGCCCGUGCCCUUUGAGCUGAAGGAGGAGGUGAGUGAGCACAGCCUCACCCAGUGCCUCCUCCUGCCUGCCAGGAACCAGCUCAUCACUGUGUCAGUGGAACACAACUUUGUGUUCUAUGAUGCUCAAACUCUGCAGCUCAGGAAGCAGCUUGCAGGUUACAACGAUGAAGUUCUGGAUGUGAAGUUCCUGGGCCCAGGUGAUUCUCACAUCGUUGUGGCCACCAACAGCCCCCAGCUGAAAGUGUUUGAACUCUCCACAUCCCACUGCCAGAUCCUCUAUGGCCACACAGACACAGUUCUUGCUUUGGAUGUCUUCAGAAAAGGCCUGAUGUUUGUCAGCUGUGCUAAGGACAAAAGCCUCCGGAUCUGGGGGAUGAACAGAGAUGGGAGAGUGCUCUGCCUUGCCCAGGGCCUGGGGCACACCCACGGGGUAGGAGCAGUCUCCUGCUCAAGAAUGAAAGAAAGCUUUGUAGUAACCAGCAGCCAGGACUGUACAAUCAAGAUCUGGAAUAUCCCAGAAUCUCUCACUUCCAAGGCAAAAGCCUUGAUCUCCAGCCCAGAAACCCUUCAAGCAAAAGUGACUGAGAAGGGUCACAACAAGGACAUCAACAGUGUGGCAGUUUCUCCUAAUGACAAGCUCAUUGCCACGGGCUCCCAGGACAGGUUGGCCAAGCUCUGGUCCUCUUCUGAUUGCUCUCUGCUGGGUGUCUUCAGUGGGCACAAACGUGGGAUCUGGUGUGUGCAGUUCUCCCCAGUGGAUCAGGUUUUGGGAACUUCCUCAGCAGAUGGGACCCUGAAGCUUUGGGCUCUUCGGGAUUUCAGCUGUCUGAAGACCUUUGAGGGUCAUGAUGCCUCAGUACUGAAGAUCAUUUUUGUGAGCAGAGGAACACAGCUGCUCAGCAGUGGUUCUGAUGGUCUCUUAAAACUCUGGACAAUUAAAACAAAUGAGUGUGUGAAAACAUUAGAUGGUCAUGAGGAUAAAAUCUGGGGUCUUCACUCUAACAAGCAAGAUGACAUGGUUGUGACAGCAUCCAGUGACUCCUGCAUCACCCUGUGGAAGGAUGUCACUGAAAUUGAAGAGAAAGAGGCACAAGCUAAAGAGGAGGAGCAGAUUCUGAAAGAGCAGGAGCUUUCCAACCUGCUUCAUGAGAAAAGGUACCUCAGGGCCUUGGGGCUGGCAAUCUCCCUGGACCGUCCCCACACGGUGCUGAUGGUGGUGAAAGCCAUCCUCAAGGAAACUGAUGGGAGAAAGCACCUGGAAGAGAACAUUGCUCGGCUCCGGAAGGAUCAGAAAGAGGCAGUGCUGACAUUCCUGGUGACCUGGAACACCAACUCCAGGAACUGCCACGAGGCCCAGGCUGUCAUUGAGACCCUCCUGAAGCACGAAGCCCCAGAGACCCUCCUGCAGUACUCAGGCAUUAAAUCUGCUGUGGAGUCCCUGCUGCCUUACACUGAGAGGCAUUUCCAGAGGCUGAGCAGGUUGCUUCAGGCUUCCAUGUUCCUGGAUUUCAUGUGGCAGAACAUGAGGCUGGCUGACAUGGCCCCACAGGAGGACAAGGUGUUGUGAGGCCUCUCUGCUUGGAGGGGAGAGUCCAAACUGCUUCCCUACCAAGUCUGGCAAUUAGGACUGUUCCUCUGUUUUAUAAUAAAUUUUUAAAGCUCAAAUUUCUAAAAAAACUCCAGGGUUUCCAUCUCCCUGGGGCUGCAGGAGAGGAUGGGACCAUUCCUUUUGCAUUUUCACCUCCCUGUGAUUUGUUCAGACACUUAAACAACACCAAGUUUGGAGAAAAGGUAAAAACCUGGCUCUGAGCAAGCAGUUGGUCUUUAUAAAGUCUUUUAAUUCCCAGUAAAGUUGGGAGACACCACUGGGAAUGUUGUACCACAUCCCAAAGCCCCCAGGCACUGGGGAUAUUCAGUAUUUUCUUUGCUUGUUUCUGUCACCUGUUGCUCACCCCCAGUUUUAGCACCUGGGAGCAAGAUAAGGGUAAUUUAUUUCCCCAGCAGGCAAAUCUUUAUAGAAAACCAAGCAGUCUUCAUAGAUACUUGUGUGGUUUAUUUCAGAGACAAAAAUGUAUAAAAUACAGAAUAACAUAAACACCUUAGAAGUUGGUUAAAUUGCUUGUUUAAAAAAAACAAUUCACAGAUACAUGGAGAAAAAAAAUCAAAGAGAGCCACCUG